AAAAAAAAUAAAAAUAAACAGUCCAGUAAAAUUCAAAAUGAAUUCAUAAAAUAUCAGUAUAUAAAUUUAAAUAAAUAUACAAUAAUCAUAACAACAAUAACAUUAAUUAUAAUUGAUCGUUUAAGAUCACGACAAUCAUAAUCACUAAUAAAAAUAAGACGCAAAUGAUUAAAAAUAUGUAUCGGAACAGUAAAAAAAUAAUAUUUUUCGGCUGUGCAUGUGCCAGCGCGUACAUUGUUUACCAUUACUGGAAAAAACGACAAUUGAAAUCAAUUGACGAAGGGUUUGAGGAAGUUGCCAAGAUUGAUGACAGCAAUGAAAGGAGAGUAUUAUUACUAGGAUUAAAUAAUGCUGGCAAAACGUCUGUUAUGAAUCAAAUAAUAUCAAUAGAGGAUAACAAUAAAUUAUAUAGAGUACCUCCUAAAAAAACAGAUGGUUUUGCGGUUUAUGUAUUAAAUAAUAAAAAUUAUAUAUGUAAUGUAUGGGAAAUUGGUGGAUCCGAUGAAGUAAGAAAGCAUUGGAAUAAUUUUUUACAAGAUACUGAUUUAUUAUUAUUUAUGGUUGAUGCCAGUGACGCUAAUCAAUUAUCACAAGCUGUAUUAUCAUUAAAAGAAAUAUUAGGUGAUAAUAGAAUGGAUAAUGUACCUAUUUUGGUUAUUGCUAAUAAACAAGACGUCCCAGAUGCUUUGAAAGCGGAUCAAAUAAAACGCGCAUUAGAUUUACACAGUAUUUCGCCGCACAAACAUAAAGUCGAAGUGAUAACUUGUCAAACAAAACCACUUCCCGAUUUGGAGCCUGGUGUUAACGAAUACUCUUACUAUCAUCCCAGUAUGAUAAAUGUCAGAAAAAAAAUAUUUUCACUGGCUUCUGCCACUUAAACAUUAAACGUCCUCGUGUUAAUUAAUAUAAAUUAACAGAAAAAAAAUAUAUUAAUAUUAAAUUUAUUUAAGUGAAUAAAUAAAUGAUAUAUUUUUAUGUUUAUAUUUAUGAAAACUAAACUAUACAAUUAUUUAAUUGUAAGGAUAAUUAUUAAAUCAAAGGAAAUAUUUUUUUUUCAAAGUUAUUUUUUAUGUUACUUGAGCUAUUCCAUUAUAAUACUGUUUAUAA